AUGACUGGCAUCGCCCUCCGUGCCCGGUUGGCCGUCACCCUCACUCUGGUCGCCCUCCUGUUCGUCUGCUUCUGCUUCUCCGACGCCCAGUUGGACCUUGUUGCAGCCACAUGUCCGGACGUCGGCACCAUUGACCAGCAUUCCGUGCGCCUCAUCCAGUCGCACCUAGAGCGUAUGCUUCCAGCCUCGACUUUCUUCUCCGUCUUUUCCGUCAAUUUGGAUAAGGGCUGCCCUUUCUGGCAGGAUGACGCUCAAUGCGUCAUCCGCGAAUGCUCCGUUUGCCACUGCGAUGACUCGGAAAUCCCGCCCGCCUGGCUCCGCGAGCCCCACAAGGAGAAAGCCUGCCGUGAUGGCGAGGCUUGCACCAAACAGGAUAGGCUCAACGACGUUGACCGCAGCUUGACGGGACUCGCGGCGUUGGUUGGACAGCCGGUCUGGCAUACAGCCGACAGCGAUGCCUGGACCAUCCGCGACGAAGAGGACGACAAGUUUUUCGUCGAUUUGCGAAAGAACCCGGAGCAGUACACGGGCUACUCUGGCCCCAAUGCGAGGAGGAUUUGGGAAGCUGUUUACGAUGAGAAUUGCUUCACCUUUUCGCAAAAAUGCAGGUCCGGCAUUUGUGACGUCGAUACUUGCAAGGAAGAACGCGUCUUGUACACCCUUAUUUCGGGUCUGCACGCGUCAAUCAGUAUGCAUAUUGCGAAGCGUUACCUCCUUGGCGAGCGGUGGGGCGUCAAUACAAGCAUUUAUCGCGAGCGUUUGCGGGAUCAUCCGGAGCGGAUAGCCAACCUCAAGCUUGCGUUUGCUGUGGUUUUGCGUGCUGUAUCAAAGGCAUCGACCUCUUUGCACCCCGACUCCUACCCGUAUGUCACUGGGAAUAAGGAAAAUGAUGACAACACACAAAAAGAAGUAAAGAAGCUCCUAUCCUUCCCGAUUUUGCAACCGGGCUGUGAGGACAAGGUCUUCGACGAGUCGGACAUGUUUUUGGAGAAGAAUGAAUACUUGUUGCCAGAGUUCAGAUCUGGCUUCAGGAAUCUCAGCAUGAUCAUGGAUUGCGUUGGUUGCGAAAAAUGCCGGUUGUGGGGCAAGCUGCAAUUCCUUGGACUGGGCACUGCGCUUCGCAUUCUCUUUGAAGAAGAAACUCCCAACCUGGAGAGAAACGAGUUGAUUGCUUUGUUCAAUGUCUUCCACAAGCUCUCAAGCAGUGUCAUCUGGGUUGAGAAAAUGGAGGCGCUCCUCAAACGCGACUCUCGUGUGAAAGCAAGGUUCGGCGCGGUCGUUGCUGCCAUUUUGUUGAUUUUCUUAGCGUUGCAGCUCCGGUCACGGAAGGAACAAAAAAAGCCAGAAGAGAAGAAACCUGAGGACGAAGAUUCGGGGCGCAAACCACAUUCUCAGUAGGGACAUGGCAUCCUUCCAGUUGGAGCCUUAUUGAUAGAUUAGAUCCUUCCCUUUGUCUCCGAAACCCAUUUCUACGUUUUGAGUCUUCCGGCCAAGACGAUCGAGGACGAUCAAUUCACCGGGGCUGGCUCUUGAUCCUAGGCUCAAGAUGAGAUGAGAGGCGGAGAAGCCGAUAAUCACAAACAGUGUGAAGCGAAGAUUCUACUGUACAUAGUGUGUAGUUCUUAAACAAGACAAAUGUCGUCCUGAA